CCCCAAUAAAAAAAAACUAUCAUCAGCUUCAUUUUCGCACAAUACGAUACACCAAUUAAACCACUAAUCUUCAUUUCCUUCUCUAACCACCCCUUCCUCUCUCUGCUUCCAUGGCUUCAAUUCCCUUUUCUUCUCUCUGCCUCACCACAAAUCCUGUUCCUCGCGGAAUCGGAUCUUCAUCCUCCUACAGAUUCAGUUCCACUACCUUUGGAAAAGGAUUCGGAAUCCAGUCGUCGGUCACUAAGAGAAUUAGGUCCUCCGUUUGCGUAGCUGCCUCCCUCGCCUUUCGCGACCUUGAUGCCGACGAUUUCCGCCAUCCUCUCGAUAAGCAGAACACAAUGAUUUUGCGGGCAAUUCCAGGGUUGAGUGAGCUGGGGAAGGUUUUAUUGGGAACCGUGGCUGAGCAAGUCAUGCUUCUUGAGAACAUAGGAACAUCAAUUCUUGUUUCUGAAAAUCAGCUUUCAGAUCUUCAUAAACUUAUGAUUGAGGCUGCCAAAGUACUGAAUGUUGAGGCUCCAGAUCUAUAUGUCCGUCAAAAUCCUGUGCCAAAUGCUUACACUUUAGCCAUAAGUGGUAAAAAGCCGUUUGUUGUUGUUCAUACCGGCCUUGUGGAGCUUCUUACAGAAAAAGAAUUGCAGGCUGUUUUGGCUCAUGAAUUGGGUCAUCUAAAAUGUGAUCAUGGUGUGUGGCUUACAUUCGCAAAUAUUCUUACUGUGGGAGCUUACACUGUACCUGGGUUUGGUGGAUUUUUAGCUCGGAACUUAGAAGAACAGUUAUUCCGUUGGCUUCGAGCCGCAGAGCUUACUUGCGAUCGUGCUGCCCUUCUUGUUGCACAGGAUUCUAAAGUGGUCAUCUCUGUUCUGAUGAAACUAGCUGGGGGCUGUCCAUCUAUAGCUGAUCAACUGAAUGUGGAUGCCUUUUUGGAGCAAGCUCGCUCUUAUGACAAAGCUUCUUCAAGCCCUAUAGGAUGGUAUAUAAGAAAUGCUCAGACAAGACAACUCUCACAUCCUCUACCUGUUUUACGAGCACGUGAGAUUGAUGACUGGUCAAAAGGUCAAGAAUACAAAAAUCUUUUGAAACGUGGAACAAAGAUCAAUUUUGUUGAAGCAGCAUAGCUACCUUGUGUACAUGAUCAGAAAUUGUAUCUUUUAUAUGGUCAUCCAAAAGGCCAAUACAAUGGACAGUGUACGAAAAGCUCUCCAUCAUUGACGAUUAUGUUCUGAACUUCCUAUUUGGAGGCUUCUUAGAUAUUCGGGUCAUAGCACAGCAAAGUUCAGUCAUAUCGUUACAUGAAGCAGCAUUUUCAGAAUUUACAUCGACACAAAGGUGUUUAAUAAUUAUUCAUUGCUUCCAGUUCGGUAGCAAAUUAUACCCAAUCAUAGAUAUGAAGUUACAGCAAUCUAAAUGUACUGUACUGGAACAAUUACUGUGGUUCUAUUUUAUCUCCACAAAUAAAUAAAUUAUAUUUCGAUUGAGACAAAA